ACACACACACACACACACACACUCAACACACUCUCUCACACACACACACACACACACACACACACACACACACACACUUUUGUAUACAAAGUGUUGAUUGAGCUCAAAACCUGCAGAUGCUGAUGGCGCAGAGGUAUGAAGACUUGACACAUUACAGUAGCAUGAUGGAGGGCGUGGGUGUGUACGCAGACCCUCACACACACAACCACCUGAACCAUGCUCCUCCUCCUCCUCUUCCUCCUCACACCAAUCAGCACUACGUGACAUCGCACGGGCUCAUGGCCACCAUCAUGGGCUCUAACGACGGCCUGAAACGAGACAAGGAUCAGAUUUAUGGUCAUCCUCUGUUCCCUUUACUGGCGCUGGUGUUUGAGAAGUGUGAGUUAGCGACGUGUACUCCGAGGGAGCCGGGCGGGGCAGGGGGAGACGUCUGCUCUUCAGACUCCUUUAAUGAAGACAUCACAGUGUUCUCCAAACAGAUACGAGCAGAGAAACCGAUAUUCUCCUCGAAUCCAGAGCUGGAUAAUCUGAUGAUUCAAGCAAUUCAAGUGUUAAGAUUUCACUUGCUGGAGCUGGAGAAGGUCCAUGAGCUGUGUGAUAAUUUUUGUCACCGCUACAUCAGCUGUCUGAAAGGAAAAAUGCCUAUUGACCUGGUGAUCGAUGAUCGUGAUGGAUGCAAGUCUGAUUUUGAUGAUCUGACCUCCACUCAUCUAUCAGACCAUAACACUGGGUCAUGGAGAGAUCUGGAUGAUAAUCGCUCCACUCCAUCCAUCGGGACACAAGGACCAUCCAGUGUGGGACAUGUUUCUCACAGUGGAGACACCAGCAGUGAGCUGGGAGAUGGUCUGGAGAGCAGUUUGGCAUCUCCAGGAACAGGUGAUGAAGAUGAUCCUGAUAAGAAACGACAAAAGAAGCGAGGGAUUUUCCCCAAAGUGGCAACUAAUAUUAUGCGGGCAUGGCUGUUCCAGCACCUCACUCAUCCAUACCCUUCAGAAGAGCAGAAGAAACAGCUCGCUCAGGACACAGGUCUCACCAUCUUACAAGUGAAUAACUGGUUCAUUAAUGCCCGCAGAAGGAUAGUACAGCCCAUGAUCGACCAGUCCAACCGAGCAGUGACUCAAGGAACUCCAUUCAGUCCUGAUGCUCAGACCAUGGGGGGCUUCAUGUUGGACGGACAGCAGCACAUGAGCCUUCGAGCUCCAGGUGCAAUGGGAGGUAUGGGUAUGAACAUGGCGAUGGAUGGACAGUGGCAGUACAUGUAGGACUCCAGCAGGCAGCUGUUUGGGGAUCACACAGACACACACACACACACACACACACACCUUCCAUCGACUGUGAAUCAGAAGAGAGAAGAUAAGAGGACGUUUGGAGUUUUGGAGUUUAUGUCUGUAAUGAAU